GCCCCGCCGCGCCGCCAUGUUGUCGGAGUGAGAGGCCGGGGAGAGGCAGCGGCGAGCGGCCGGGGGGGGCCCGGCAUCCGUCUGCAUCCGAGCGCUCCGCCCGUGUUGGUGGAAUGAGCGUAGCGUGCGUUUUGAAGAGAAAAGCAGUUCUGUGGCAGGACUCGUUCAGCCCCCACCUGAAGCAGCACGCCCAAGACACAGCCAACCCCACCAUGCCUGUGGUACUGACAUCUGGCACAGGCUCGCAGGCUCAGCCACAGCCAGCUGCAAACCAGGCCCUGGCAGCAGGGACACACUCCAGCCCCGUGCCGGGAUCCAUAGGAGUGGCGGGGCGCUCCCAGGACGACGCCAUGGUGGAUUAUUUCUUCCAGAGGCAGCACGGGGAGCAGCUCGGGGGAGGAGGCAGCGGCGGCGGCGGCUACAACAACAGCAAACACCGCUGGCCCACCGGGGACAACAUCCAUGCAGAGCACCAGGUGCGUUCCAUGGAUGAACUGAACCACGAUUUCCAAGCGCUGGCUCUGGAGGGACGGGCUAUGGGAGAGCAGCUGUUGCCGGGUAAAAAGUUUUGGGAAUCUGAUGAUUCCAGCAAAGAUGGACCAAAAGGGAUAUUUCUGGGAGAUCAGUGGAGAGACAGUGCUUGGGGAACAUCAGAUCACUCUGUUUCCCAGCCAAUUAUGGUUCAGAGAAGACCUGGGCAGGGCUUCCACGUGAACAGUGAAGUCAACUCAGUGCUGUCCCCACGCUCGGAGAGCGGAGGGCUGGGAGUGAGCAUGGUGGAGUAUGUGCUGAGCUCAUCUCCUGGAGACUCCUGCCUGAGGAAAGGAGGAUUUGGGCCGAGGGAUGCAGAGAGUGAUGAGAAUGACAAAGGGGAUAAGAAAAACAAGGGCACGUUUGAUGGAGAUAAGUUGGGAGAUCUGAAGGAGGAGGGGGAUGUGAUGGAUAAAUCCAAUGGUUUGCCUGUUCAGAACGGGAUCGACGCCGAUGUCAAAGACUUCAGCCGCACGCCCGGGAACUGCCAGAACUCUGCCAGCGAGGUGGAUCUGCUGGGCCCCAACCAGAACGGCUCCGAGGGCCUGGCCCAGCUGGCCAGCACCAACGGGGCCAAGCCCGUGGAGGACUUCUCCAACAUGGAAUCGCAGAGCGUGCCCCUGGACCCCAUGGAGCACGUGGGCAUGGAGCCGCUGCAGUUCGAUUAUUCUGGCACUCAGGUCCCCGUGGACUCGGCUGCAGCCACCGUGGGGCUCUUUGACUACAAUUCCCAGCAGCAGCUGUUCCAGAGGCCCAACGCGCUGGCGGUGCAGCAGCUGACAGCAGCCCAGCAGCAGCAGUACGCCCUGGCUGCUGCCCACCAGCCCCACAUCGCAGGUUUAGCUCCUGCUGCCUUUGUUCCCAACCCCUACAUCAUCAGCGCGGCGCCUCCGGGGACGGAUCCCUACGCGGCCGGACUGGCGGCAGCUGCCACGUUAGGCCCGGCCGUGGUCCCUCACCAGUACUAUGGAGUCACUCCCUGGGGAGUUUAUCCUGCCAGCCUCUUCCAGCAGCAGGCGGCCGCCGCCGCCGCCGCCACCAACUCUGCCAACCAGCAAAGCACGCAGCAAACCCAGCAGGGCCAGCAGCAGGUGCUCCGUGGAGGAGCCAGCCAGCGUCCCCUGACUCCCAACCAGAACCAGCAGGGCCAGCAGACGGAUCCUCUGGUGGCCGCCGCCGCCGUCAACUCAGCGCUCGCCUUCGGCCAGGGGCUGGCAGCAGGAAUGCCAGGUUACCCAGUGCUGGCUCCUGCUGCUUACUACGACCAAACCGGAGCCCUCGUGGUCAACGCCGGCGCCAGGAACGGCCUGGGAGCUCCCGUGCGCCUGGUGGCACCUGCCCCUGUCAUCAUCAGCUCCUCUGCAGCCCAGGCAGCGGUGGCGGCGGCGGCGGCGUCGGCCAACGGGGCCGCGGGAGGGCUGGCGGGGACCACCAACGGCCCCUUCCGAGCCCUGGGCACGCAGCAGCCCCAGCCCCAGCCCCAGCAGCAGCCCACCAACAACCUGGCCUCCAGCUCCUUCUACGGCAACAGCUCGCUGAGCAGCAACUCGCAGAGCAGCUCGCUGUUCUCGCAGGGCUCCGCCCAGCCCGCCAACACCUCGCUGGGCUUCGGCAGCAGCAGCUCCCUGGGAGCCACGCUGGGCUCGGCGCUGGGCGGCUUCGGCACCGCAGUGGCAAACUCCACCACGGGCAGCGGCUCGCGCCGGGACUCGCUGACGGGCAGCAGUGACCUGUACAAGAGAACCUCGAGCAGCCUGACCCCCAUCGGCCACAGCUUCUACAACGGCCUGGGCUUCUCCUCCUCCCCCGGCCCCGUGGGGAUGCCCCUGCCCAGCCAGGGCCCCGGACACUCACAGACUCCUCCUCCUUCCUUGUCUUCACACGGAUCCUCCUCCAGCCUCAACCUGGGGGGGCUGACGAACGGCAGCGGCCGUUACAUCUCGGCGGCGCCGGGGGCGGAGGCCAAGUACCGCAGCGCCAGCAGCGCCUCCAGCCUGUUCAGCCCCAGCAGCACGCUGUUCCCGUCCUCCCGCCUGCGCUACGGCAUGUCCGACGUCAUGCCCUCGGGCCGCAGCCGCCUGCUCGAGGACUUCCGCAACAACCGCUACCCCAACCUGCAGCUGCGCGAGAUCGCCGGCCACAUCAUGGAGUUCUCGCAGGAUCAGCACGGAUCCAGGUUUAUUCAGCUGAAACUGGAGCGUGCCACCCCAGCAGAGCGUCAGCUGGUGUUCAACGAGAUCCUGCAGGCAGCCUAUCAGCUCAUGGUGGACGUGUUUGGGAAUUACGUCAUCCAGAAGUUCUUUGAGUUUGGCAGCCUGGAGCAGAAGCUGGCGCUGGCAGAGCGCAUCCGUGGGCACGUGCUGUCGCUGGCCCUGCAGAUGUACGGCUGCAGGGUGAUCCAGAAGGCGCUGGAGUUCAUCCCCCCAGACCAGCAGGUAAUUAACGAGAUGGUUCGGGAGCUGGACGGGCACGUGCUCAAGUGCGUCAAGGACCAGAACGGGAACCACGUGGUGCAGAAGUGCAUCGAGUGUGUGCAGCCUCAGUCCCUGCAGUUCAUCAUCGAUGCCUUCAAGGGACAGGUGUUUGCUCUGUCCACGCACCCGUACGGCUGCCGGGUGAUCCAGAGGAUCCUGGAGCACUGCCUGCCCGAGCAGACCCUGCCCAUCCUGGAGGAGCUGCACCAGCACACGGAGCAGCUGGUGCAGGACCAGUAUGGGAAUUACGUUAUCCAGCACGUCCUGGAGCACGGCCGGCCCGAGGACAAGAGCAAGAUCGUAGCAGAGAUCAGAGGCAACGUCCUUGUGUUGAGUCAACAUAAAUUUGCCAGCAAUGUGGUGGAGAAGUGUGUGACGCACGCGUCGCGCACGGAGCGCGCCAUGCUCAUCGACGAGGUGUGCACCAUGAACGACGGCCCCCACAGUGCCUUAUACACCAUGAUGAAGGAUCAGUACGCCAACUACGUGGUGCAGAAGAUGAUCGACGUGGCCGAGCCGGCGCAGAGGAAGAUCGUCAUGCACAAGAUCCGGCCCCACAUCGCCACGCUGCGCAAGUACACCUACGGGAAGCACAUCCUGGCCAAGCUGGAGAAGUACUACAUGAAAAACGGGGUGGAUUUGGGGCCCAUCUGCGGCCCCCCCAACGGCAUCAUCUGAGCAGGGCCCGCCCCAGAGCCACUCCGGGAUCCCAGGAAUCCACCCCAGGAAUCCACCCCAGGAAUCCACCCCAGGAAUCCAUCCCAAGAAUCCAUCCCAAGAAUCCACCCCAGGAAUCCACCCCAAGAAUCCAUCCCAAGGAAUCCACCCCAGGAAUCCACCCCAAGAAUCCAUCCCAAGGAAUCCACCCCAAGGAAUCCAUCCCAAGAAUCCACCCCAAGAAUCCACCCCAAGAAUCCAUCCCAAGGAAUCCACCCCAGGAAUCCACCCCAAGGAAUCCAUCCCAGGAAUCCACCCCAAGGAAUCCACCCCAGGAAUCCACCCCAAGGAAUCCACCCCAAGGAAUCCACCCCAAGGAAUCCACCCCAGGAAUCCACCCCAAGAAUCCAUCCCAAGAAUCCACCCCAAGAAUCCACCCCAAGAAUCCAUCCCAAGAAUCCAUCCCAAGAAUCCAUCCCAAGAAUCCAUCCCAGGAAUCCACCCCAGGAAUCCAUCCCAAGAAUCCACCCCAAGAAUCCACCCCAAGAAUCCAUCCCAAGAAUCCAUCCCAGGAAUCCACCCCAAGAAUCCAUCCCACAAUCCAUCCCACAAUCCCCCCCCAAAUCCCACAAUCCACCCCAAAAUCCCAUCCCAAAAUCCAUCCCGCAACGGUUGCUUAAAAAAAAAAAUAUAUAUAUAUAAUACACAUGCAAACGAACGAAACCCACCAAAAAAAACCCACAAAAAACAACCAACAGAGAAAAGCAGAAAAAAGAAAAAAAAAAAAAAGCAAGAAAAAAAAAAAAAAAGAGAAGCCUUUGUAAAUUUCUUUAAUUUUAUUACGCAUAACAAGUACUAAUUAUUUUUUUUAAUUAACGGAUUGCCCUGCUGUUUUACUGGUGUAUAGAAUUCUUGUACAUAGGUCUCAGAUGUACAUGGAAGGCCACAUUUUUGUUCACUGUUGUAUCUAUAUUCCAAAUGUGGAGACUUUCAGGGUGGUCGGUUUGAAGACAACAAACAAACAAAACAGGGAAAAAAACCAGAACAAACCCGUUUUUAAUUCAUAGGUUUUUUUUGCAAAUACCUUUUUGGUUUUUGGGUUGUUUUUUUUUUUAACCUCCUUUUAGCCCAAAAAUCAGCGAGAAGCUGGGGUUUUAGUUCAGUGACACCACUGGUAAAAAAUACUGAAAAGAGAAAAAAUUCAGCUUGCUAAAGUUCGGUUUUAAGCAAAGACACCAAAAAUUCCGUUUUUGGGGACUUUUUAAUGGCUUUAUUUCUAUUUUAUUUGUGACUCUUGACGUGCUGAAGGAGGGGAGCUUAGCUGGCGUUUUUGACAAAACACCCAGAGGCGAUUUUAAAGUGGAGGAUUUUUGGGAUUUUUUUUUUUUUAAUGCCCACUCCUCUUUUCACCUGGAGAGACAAAAUUUGAUUAUUUAGCAUGAGGAAAAACAACGACGACAAAAAAAAAAAUCCAACUCGGCUUUGGUCUUGCUUCUAUAAAUAUAUAGUGUAUACUUGGUGUAGACUUUACAUAUAUAAAAAUUUGUAGUAUUUUCUUGUUUUGAUGUCUGAUCUGUAUCUAUAAUGUACCCUAGUAGUGGAACAUACUUCUGACUGUACAAUUGUACAUUUGUAAACCUCUGUAAUGUAAAUGUGGAGAAGUUUGAAUCGACAUAAAAACCCGUUUUUUGGUAAGAAAACAGGAAAAAAAAAAGAAUUUAGCAAAACCUGUGCAUUUCAGUGUAUAUUCACACCUUUUAUGGUCGUAGCAUAUAGUGUUGUAUAUUGUAAAUUGUAAUUUCAACCAGAAGUAAAUUUUUUCUUUUGAAGGAAAUGUUCUCUUUAUACAGCCUAGUUAAUGUUUAAAAACAACAACAAAAAAAAAAAACAAAAAAAAAAAAGGAAGAAAAAUAAACUGCUUGGUUUUAUUUGUCACCUAGUUGGACGGUAGAGAUCCUUUCUAAAUGUUCUACAGACCUGAUUCAGUUCCAGAUAGUGUUUUUUUGAAUCUUACAAAGUAAUGUUUUGCUUCUUUUGUGACAGUAAGAAACAAAAAAGUGCAAAAGUACAGCCCCCCCCCUAGUUUUCCUUACAAUCAGAGCCCCCUUUUCACCUUGUAAAGUGUGAAUCACCUCCCCCUUUUUUGUACAGAAGAUGAACUGUAUUUUGCAUUUUGUCUACUUGUAAGUGAAUGUAACAUACUGUCAAUUUUCCUCGUUUGAAUAUAGAAUUGUAACACUACACGGUGUACAUUUACAGAGCCUUGUGUAUAUUUCCAAUGAACUUUUUUGCAAGCACACUUGUAACCAUAUGUGUAUAAUUAACAAACCUGUGUAUGCUUCUGCCUGGGCGACUAUUUUUUGUAACUCUUGUGUAGAUUGUCUCUAAACAACGUGUGAUCUUUAUUUUGAAAAAUACAGAACUUUGGAAUCUG